UAAAUAAGUGGCUUUUUAUGAUUUUCUUUUUACAUUGAAUUCUGAGGCAUCUUGGGUGAGUUGUAGGAAAACGAUUAGAGAAGUUACAUAGAGACGAAACCAUUUGUGGUAUGUCUGUUUUACAGUAGGAGUAGAAUGCGUGUUUGAAGAAACGUUUGCGAGAAGAAAGAGAAAGAAGGUGAGAGAAGAAAGUGUGUGCACAGUGUGACAGGGGAGAUGCCUGCUUGCCCAGUGUCACCACAAUAAUAAACACACUCAACACUGUCGUGUGUUUCACGCUCUAUACUCCAACGACUGUUGAUGGUUGCGACUAAGGGGAAGCGUACACAAGUGUACAGGGUGGGGUCAGGCCCGUGUUUUGCCCACGCGAGGUCGAAGGCAUAGGGCUGAUAGGGUAUGUGAGGGACCCUAGCCAGAUGCAUUGUCUGCCUACCUCACUAAGCACGGCCCUUCGUGAUGUACACACCUGUUCAACUUUUUCUUUCUGAAUGCCCUUGUCCCUUUCCGCUCCUCUUAUUUCUCCCAUCCCGAAUAUUAUCAGAUCUGCUUUGUUGCCAUGAAAAGUCCUAUCGAGAAGACGUAUCUCUAACCUGUUCUAUAAGGCUGCUCUUUUUGAAGUUACAGAAUUAAAACACACACACACACACACUAAAACAGCAACCAACUCAGCUGAGUCCAGUUUGCGGUUAAGUCGGCCAUAAGUUCGCUAGAGCUACUGAAAGGGAAGCAAGUCCUACGUGAGAUGUUCGCAUUCUGAGUGGCCUCCCAUGGUAGACCUGUGUGCAAAGUUACUUUAAAGGAUGUACAUGUACAUGUAUUAGAAACUGGCUGUUUAACAAAGAAGCGAGCGUUUACCACAGCUUCACUGGCUUUAUACACUACACCUGUUCACAGAAGCAAUAAGCACAUUUUAUUCGACUACAGCAAACGAUUUAAUGGUAUUUUGUGUGUGUUGAGUUAAAAGACUUGGAAACCACAGCGCGCUGUCUGCUCGACUUCUUGGAACUUAAUAACAACUGGACAUCAGGACGACUGUAAACCAGCGUGUGUCUCAGCUGUGAAACUCUCCUCCGAACAUUCAGCGGACUGUCCGUGUAACCUGGAGAAUAACACAUGGUGUGUUCGCAGAAGUGGUCGAGCGUGACAUGGCCGCCCCUGCCUGAGAAGCCGCCUCGAUUAUCCGGUUUUUGUUAAAGCACCUUGGGCUGAGUCUCAGAAGAUUAAGGAGCUGAGGACCUGUGUAGUUUCACUGAGAUAGUACUUUAACAAUUCAAAAAGAAAAAAUGAAUGUAAUGUUAGAAGAGGAAGCUAUGUCUGCCAUAAACAAUCCAGUCCAGGUCUCAUGUAUACACAGCAUAAAGACUGAACCGAGGUCUGUAGCUGAUCUACAAGACCUAAAUGAUAAAGUAAUGCUUAAGACAGAAAGCACAUUUUGUUCUGAUACAAAUAUGACAUAUUGCUCAUCAACAAGCUGUGUACAGCUUAAAAACAUUUCUGGUCCAACUUACAUAAAAUCUGAGUUUGCUAAGAAUAUUCCUCAAUCAAACUGGAAACUUGAGGAUGCUGUAAUACUGGAGCUAAACUUUCAAGAUACCAUUGGUUGUAUUAAAACUGAGCAAGUUCCUGGUGAAGAACUUCAUCCCAUAAAAUCUGAACGUGGUGCACACAUUGAGCAGUCAGACUGCAGUCAUGAGAAUGCUGUGAAAGUGGAGUACCAUUGUAAAGAUGUUACCUGUUCAAUUAAGUCUGAGCAGGAUCUUGUGCAGUGUGCGAAGACAGAGGAGCAGCUAGUAUUUAAGCAAGAAGAACAAGGUGAUAGUCACAUGGUGAAGACUGAGACAGGUUGGCCUGAUCAGCAUACAAUGUGGAAGAAUAACAUUGAUGAGAUUUGUCAAGAAAUAAGUGUUGCUAGAUGCAUAACUCCUGAGAUGACAGAUAUUGUGAAAGGAAAUCAACAUGAUCAGACACAUGCGACUGUUACUGAAGUCACCAAUGAUUCAGCAACAGGAAACAGAAGUGAUGCCGAACCUUAUCAGUGUCGAGUGUGUUUAUGUUUUUUCCGUUGUUCAACCCUUCUCCAGAAACACGUGAUGACACACUCUGACUUUAAAGCUUACAAUUGUACUCCAUGUAGCGUUGUGUUAGAAAGGAUAGAUUCUUUUAAACAGCACGAGGAAACUAACAGUAAUAAGAGAUCUGACCACAGUGAUGAGAGACCUCACCAGUGUAAUGUAUGUCAUGUAGCUUUCAAAAGAUAUGAUCCCCUGAAAAAACACAUGGUGAUUCACAGUGAUUUGAAACCUUACCAGUGUACUGUAUGUCAUGUAGCUUUCAAAAGAUCAGCGAACCUAAAACUGCACAUGGUGAUUCACAGUGAUAAGAGACCUUACCAGUGUUCUGUCUGUCAUGUAGCCUUCAAAAGAUCUAUUGACCUAAAACAGCACAUGGUGACUCACAGUGAUGAGAAACCUUACCGGUGUACUGUAUGUCCUUUAGCUUUCAAAAGAUUAGAUAUCCUAAAACAGCACAUAAUGACCCACAGUGUUGAGAGACCUCACCAGUGUUCUGUCUGUCAUGUAGCCUUUAAAACACUUCCUUACCUAAAACAGCACAUGUUGACCCAUAGUAAUGUUAGACCUCACCAGUGCAGUAUAUGUAAUAGUGCUUUCAAGUUUUCAAAUGAUUUAAAAAAACACAUGGUAAUCCACAGUGAUGAGAGACCUCACCAGUGUUCUGUCUGCGAUGUAGCCUUCAAAACACCUCGUGCCCUAAAACUGCACAUGGUGACUCACAGUGAGGAGAGACCUAACCAGUGUUCUGUCUGUCAUUUUUCCUAUAAAACUCCUCAUUCCCUAAAACAGCACAUGCUGACUCACCGUGAUGUGAAACCUUACCAGUGCAGCAUAUGUAAGAAAACUUAUAGGCGGUCAUCUGAGUUAAAAAGGCACAUACUUACCCACAGUGAUGUUACGUCAACAGUGCCAUUUGUGUAGAGCUAGUUCCAAGCAGAGGGCAGUAUUAAUGAAACACAACAUGAUAAUUAACAGGGAUGGGAAAUCUCAUUAAUGCAGUGUAUUUUAACAACCACGUGGUAUGCUAUUGAUGAGAGACCUUAUGAAUAAUGUAUGUAAAGCUUUUUUUUUUGGACAUUUUGUCAGUACCCUAAUAUUUGUGUACUUGUAUUAAUCCAUGAUGUAGGAGAGAGGUGAUUUGUCUACUAGAGAAAUAGCUUGUCUUUUCAAAGAACAUGUACUGAUAUUGAUGGGUAUCUUUGUGUUCAGUGUGUAAAGCUCCCAACCCGUAUACGGCGUAAAAAAACCAAUCCCCCCCCUCCCUAUAAAUGCACAUGAUAAUUCAAUUUGUACCACACUUAGCACCUUUUUGGCAGAUUUUUUUCCCUGCUUUGUAUAAAUCAUCAAAGAUGUCAUGUCUUUUUGAAAGCCAUGAAAAUGCAAGAUACACUGCACAGUACUUUAGUUAGUUUGUAACAUGGUACGCUAUCUCUGAUAAUUCAAGGGUUAAUUGUUGCUGUUGUUGUCUUGAUACAAAUAAUUUAUGUGUGUGAGUAGGUGUGUAAGGGAGGUUACUUGUAUAUAAAAGCAGAAAUGAGUGUAUGAUAAUGGAGGCGUUACAUAUAUGUAUAUCAGCAGAUAUAAGGCUAUGUGUGUGGGUGAGGGUUUACACAGUUAUACAAAAGCAGAUAUGUGUGUAAGGGGGGAUUACAUAGAUAUGUGGAUAUGAGUAGGUGUGUGUGUCGGGGCAUUAGAGCAUUAUAUAUAUAUGCAAAUAUGAGUAGGUGUGUGUUUUAGGGGGGAUGCUUAUAUAUAUGUGAGUAUGUGCAUGUGGCUUGUGUAUAUAUAUAUAAGCAUAAAUGACUGUGUGUAAUGGGAGAAUUUGAUAUAUAUCUAAAUAUGUAGAUAUAAGUAAGAAUGUAUGGAUAUAUAUCUGUGUUUAGGUAUGAAUGAAAGAGAGGGGCACAAACAUCCCCUCUAAAACUUUGUUCCUUGUUUAUAUAGUGUGAUUUAUAUGAUUACCCGUAGAGUGGUGCGAUUACAUAAAAGAAAUGGAAGAAGGAAAGAACAAGUGAGGCCAAAAACUUUUCUUUUCAUGGAUUAACUGUUACAAACUGAUCAGUAAAUGUGUGUGUGUAUGGGUGUGAUUGAGCAAGAUUGCAUAUAAGAUAUACAGUAAUGCGUGUGAAUAUAUGUAUAUUUUUAAUAUCUUCAUUACCCUUUAAAGGGUAAAAAAAAAAAAAUUAAGAUUCUUGAAUCAUAAGCUUCAGAAACUGAUGACACUUUGAAAAACAUAAACUAAGUGCAUGGAUGAAGAUGUAAGGAAUGAACCAAGUAGUACUAGAUUACACACAAUAUUUUUUCAAGAAUUCUUAAAGUAAAAGGUUAUAAAAUCAAAUCUUCACAAAUACAAGCAUGGUUUAAAAAUGCCAAGUUCUGUUUUUGUCUGUCCAUGAAAGGAACAGUUUGAACACUAUUACCCAUGUUAGUUAUGAGAUCAUUGGCAUCAAGCAGAGGAAUUUUGGUUUUUGUUGCAAUUAGUAACUUGUCAGGGAAUUGGCAUUUACUCAAUAAAUGAACAUGUCGCUGCAGGAGAACUUGUUUUAUGAAAUUCAGGCAAAACUUAUGCUAUGCUAAAAGUGCAGAAGUAAAAAUAUAUAUACACACACACAAAA